UUGAUUGGUUCUCAGCCGUAUCCGGUGGGGCAGCGGUCCAGGGCUCGGGAAAAAAAAAUCGAAAAGAGGAGGAGGAUCUGGUAACGGUGCGCUUUGAGAAAUAUCUUGCAUUCCGAGUCGCUGUCUAAAGGCUCGGCGGGAUUUUACCAUUUCUUCACAAAAGGUUAGAGGUCACAGAGUAGGGUUGCGGCUGUCGUCAUGGCAUCUGGAAGUACGAGCAGCGAGGAGGAGCGGAGCCUGAGGGAGUGUGAGCAGUAUGUGCAGAAACACAACAUUCAACAGCUGCUGAAGGACUGCAUUGUCCAGCUGUGCACCUCCAGGCCAGAUAGGCCCAUGGCCUUCCUCAGGGAGUACUUCGAGAGGCUGGAGAAGGAGGAGGCCAAGCAGAUUCAGAACCAGCAGAAGGCCAGCAGUUCCCGUUCAGACUCCCGUGAUGAGGAGGUGUCUCCGCCCAUGAACCCUGUGGUAAAGGGUCGCCGGCGGAGAGGCGCCUUCAGCGCAGAGGUUUACACAGAAGAGGAUGCCGCCUCGUAUGUCAGAAAGGUCAUUCCAAAAGACUACAAAACAAUGGCUGCCUUGGCCAAAGCUAUUGAAAAGAAUGUUCUCUUCUCACACCUGGAUGACAAUGAGAGGAGUGACAUAUUUGAUGCAAUGUUUCCAGUCACCUACAUUGCUGGGGAAACAGUUAUUCUGCAGGGUGACGAAGGUGACAAUUUCUAUGUCAUCGACCAAGGGGAGAUGGAUGUGUAUGUGAACAACGAAUGGGUGACCAGCAUCGGGGAAGGAGGCAGCUUCGGAGAGCUGGCGCUCAUCUAUGGCACCCCAAGGGCAGCGACUGUCAGAGCCAAGACCAACGUUAAACUGUGGGGCAUCGACAGAGACAGCUACAGGAGAAUACUUAUGGGAAGCACUUUGAGAAAGAGGAAGAUGUAUGAGGAAUUCCUCAGAAAAGUCUCCAUUUUAGAGUCUCUUGACAAAUGGGAGCGUCUGACAGUCGCCGAUGCCUUGGAGCCCGUCCAGUUUGAGGAUGGACAAAAGAUUGUUGUGCAAGGAGAGCCCGGAGAUGAGUUCUUCAUCAUCUUAGAGGGCUCUGCAGCUGUGUUGCAGCGUCGCUCAGAGAACGAGGAGUUUGUGGAAGUUGGGAGAUUAGGACCAUCAGACUACUUUGGUGAGAUCGCUCUGCUGAUGAACCGCCCCCGUGCUGCCACCGUGGUCGCCCGCGGCCCCCUGAAGUGCGUCAAGCUCGACCGGCCCCGCUUCGAGCGCGUGCUGGGUCCCUGCUCAGACAUCCUCAAACGCAACAUCCAACAGUACAACAGCUUUGUCUCGCUGUCUGUCUGAGGGAGCGUCUGUCCUCACACUCUCCUCUCCCCUGCACCCUCUCCACCUCUUCUUCUCUCCUUUCAGACCCAGGGUCCACCAAUGCUUUUUUUGCUUUCUGUCACUUUCUUCCGAUUUCAGUUCCCUUCCCCACUCCCACUCUUUAUUUUACACACAGAUUAUUUUGUUGUUCCCACCGGUCACGCGGAUGUGACUUUUUAGCCAUUCACCAGCGCUUGUACCAGCUGCUGUACGCUACCUUGUAGGCACAGUUACACCACAUGUUACUUAUGUUAUAUAUGUAUUUGCUGGUUAAGCUUUCUUUUUUUCAGUACGAAGCGGGAGAUCUGAAAGGUUCUCAGACUGAUGAGACAGACAAUCAGACUUUACAUCGCGCUUUCAGUGAAAUUAUUUUUCUUACAGACUGAAUUGAAGAGUUUCCUUUUUUUUGACAUCAAUUAGCUUGAUUACACAACAGAGUAGAGCAGAACCUAGAAACUGUAGAGGGCGUGAAGAGGUUUCAGUGAUGAUCUUAAUGCUCCAGUUUGGUUAUCUUUGAUUGGUACGAUGAGAAAACGAUGUCUGUUUUGCUUAGUUUGAGAGAGCUUGUACAACAAAGAUUUUUAUUGUGCAGCUACCAGGCUAGUGCCAAAUGUUGAUUACUGUCACAAUGCAAAGAUGCAUAGCCGUGGAAAUGCAGUGUGUGCUCUGUUCCAGACAGGAAGUAGUUAUCACCCUGUAGAUCUUAAUUGACAGGACGACCAUACAAGAACUGCCUUGACUACUCUGAGGAAAAUAAAUAAAUAAAUAAGAAAGGAGAAAAAAAAAAGAGUAUUAAGUGUAUUUCAGUAUUCAGUUUCUUUAGUAUAUACCAAAUAACUUGGUCACUCUUCUGCUAUGGUUUGUAAUCAAAAUGUUAUCAUAGUAUAGUUAAAAUGAUCCUAGUUAUAUUAUUAUCAUUGACUAAAUGAUAAGCUUAUGGUUUGGAGUGAUGGUGAUCGUUAAAAAAAACAAAACAAAAACAUGUUGAACUGUCUUUUGUAAACACUUAUUUUUCCAUAAAUUCUAUUUUAGGUGUCCAGUGCCACAAAGUAAAAUAAAUGCUUCUUCUUGUCAACUGACGAAACAGUAUGUAAUUGUAUUGUGUAAAAUGUCAUGGGUAAAAAAAAAAACAUUUUAAAAUAGAUCAAAGGGAUAAUUAAAGGUUUAUUGAAGUGGGAAUACAAAGUGGUUUAAAGGAUUUUCAGGACAUCUGAAGUAUUUCUGUAUCAAAGCUUCUCACAGGUGAGCUGACAGGCAGAGUGAGCGGAUAUUUAUUUAAAACUAGUGUCAUUGCUUAUUGCCUAUUUGAAAAGGUGGCUGUCUUUUCAUCAGAGUAGCUUGUGACCUGUUCUCUAUGCUUACCUGGCAUGAUGUUUUAGGCAUCCAGUGAUCUGGUAUGAAUGGAAGUGUGUAUUUAAAAAAAAAAAAAAAAAAAAAAAGUGUCCUGCAGCUUCCUGACAGGAAUGCUGUCGAAUAUUUGGUUUGUUACUCCUUAGCUAAACUGCUUCAUGACUAUUUAGAUGCCAUAAAAUAUUAAAUCUUUCUUUAAAAAAAAAAAAAACAAAAAAAAUUCUUU